AUGACGGUGACUGUCCUGGGUGCGCUGGAAGAUGAGUCCAAUAUGAGCCUCUUCCAAGACUUGAAGUUGAAGCGGCGAAAAGUUGAUUCCAGAUGUAGUUCCGAUGGUGAAAGCGUUCCAGAUACGUCGUCCACAUCGCCAGCGAGUCAGGGCGCGUGUUCGAGCGAGCUGGGGGCAUAUCACAGGGCGGACGGGGAGGCGGAGGCGGAAGGAGAAGGCGAUAACAUGCCGUCUUCUGUCCCUCAGUCUCCUCAACGGACCACCCCCACACCUGAGAAGAUGUCCAGGGACAUGGAAGAUUCCUCAACACCUCAGGCACCACGGUCCAGUCCUCCCAAGAUCGUCCCAGACUUAGUUCAGGUCAAGAUGGAGAAGGGGCUAGAACACGAAGAUGAUGGCGGAGGGAAGGGGGGCCCGACGCAGAACGGUUUAGAAGUUGGUCUUCCUUCCGAGGUGAAGCCUCUACCGCCACUGGUGAAGGCGGAAUCUGCAACUUCACCCGGUCCCGGGAGCGGCAGUCAUGAAGGAAAUUCUUCGUGCAGUCCUCCGGCCCGACCUUUGAGCCUCUCCGUCCCGUCCACACCAGUCACGCCGAACGCACACGCUUUGGAAGGCGCAGAGAUGCGACGUCGAUCUCUGAGUGCCGUGGAAUCGACACCUGGUCCCUGGCACAGUCUGCUGCCUUAUCGUCUCAACGGAGUCAGGGGCGAUGCAGUGACGAACGUCGUUUCCACGUCCAUGCCGGCUCCUGGCUCGUACCAGAGGUAUCAUUCUGGGUCGCCGAAAAGUUCCCCAAGUCAUCGGUUGCAAACCCCAGCUGUGAUAAUGGGUGAAGCCGGGGGAGUUCGGACGAUGGUCUGGACCACACAGAGUGGACCGAAUGUCACCUCUGCAGUUCCUCUCGAGGCGCUGAAGCACCAAGUGGUCUACGGUUCGGCCGCAGCGGCCGCAGCAGCCGCCGCCGCGGCCACGUCCUCCAUGCCUGGCUCACCCAGCACGAACAAUGGAGACACGGAACAAGCUGCAGUGAGCGGUCUUCUGAGUCUCGGCCAGGAACACUCGGUGGCUAUGGCCGGGAAACUCGGGCCCCGUUCCAAAGCCUCGACUAGUGGUAGUGGCACGAGUGGUGGAGGGACCGGGACCGUAAGUGGAAGUUCCCCGCGAAGUUCACCGUCACAGUCUCAUCAUUCGCCGGCAUCUUCCAGUGGGAGCAUUCCCAUGUCUCCCUCUCCUCAUUCCCCGCAUUAUCCCCACUCCCCAUACGGACACCACGGGAAUGCUCCACCGCCUCCGCCACCUCCCCCGCAGCCACAUUCGACCCCUCCUCACACUCUCCCGAUCGCUGUGAGGACUCCGACGGACUUGUAUUCGGUGAGCACGAGCCGAGCGUUGUCAAGCCCGCGUCCAUCCUUCACUCAUCCCCACCACCCUGUCCACCAGCAUCCCGUCCACCAUCACCACCACCACCUUCACCAUUCACCUUUGAACAUGGAACGGUUGUGGGCCGGCGAUAAGAGCCAGGUCUCUCAACCGUCCCAAUCUCCGGCUCAGCCUGGACCGGAUAGUCAAGUGUUGAAUCUCUCCAUGCAACAGUGGUGUAGUGGGACAGGGAACAAUGGGACGGGAGCGCCCAUCAUGAGUCCCGGACCUCCCACGUUUCAACAAACUCCUAGCUUGAAAGGUGGAACUGGUGGGCCGGGGGGAGACGAGGAAGAAGAAGACGAACAACCCAUGGUCUGCAUGAUCUGCGAAGACAAAGCCACUGGCCUGCAUUACGGCAUCAUCACAUGCGAAGGGUGUAAGGGGUUUUUCAAGCGGACGGUGCAGAACAAGAGGGUGUACACGUGCAUAGCCGAUGGGAACUGUGAGAUCACCAAGGCACAAAGGAAUCGUUGUCAGUAUUGUCGCUUCCAAAAGUGUCUUCGACAAGGGAUGGUCCUUGCAGCGGUGAGAGAAGACCGAAUGCCUGGGGGUAGGAAUUCUGGAGCUGUUUAUAACCUAUACAAGGUUAAGUACAAGAAACACAAGAAACUCCCCAAAAACGGGCUCGUCAAGGGGAACGGAGAGAAGCCCAAGGUGAUAAUGAUGCAAAAUGAGGGCUCAAACUCUUCACCCUUGACCAACGGCCAGAUCCUCAAGGCAGCUCUCACCAGUCCCAGUGAGAUUAUUCACUUGAGGCACCGCAUGGAAACCGUGGGUUCAGUGACAAGUUCCAGGGACAGAUCAUUGCCUUUUGAGACAGCAGCCAGCAUGAUUCAGCAGCUCCUCGGUUGUGAUGAUUUUGAAGAUAUUGCCACUCUCAAGAAUUUGGAGGAGCUUUUGGAUAGCAAGGCAGAGCUGUCGGCCAAGUUAUGCCAGAUCGGAGAUUCCAUUGUGUAUAAGUUGGUUCAGUGGACCAAGAGAUUGCCCUUUUACAGUGAAUUACCGGUUGAAGUGCAUACCCGACUCCUGACCCAGAAAUGGCACGAGUUGCUGGUGCUCACAACAUCUGCCUAUCAGGCAUUGCACGGAGCCAACAAGUUGGCAUCCACUUCCUCUGAUGGAACCCAAGCCCACUUCCCUCAAGAGGUGUCCAACAAUUUGUGCACGUUACAGACGUGCUUGACGUCCAUGAUGGGCCGACCGAUCACGAUGGAUCAGCUCCGAGAAGAGGUCGGGAGCAUGGUGGAGAAGUUGACGCACGUGACCCUCAUGCUCCGUCGCCUUCGGGUACGCAAGGAGGAGUACGUGUGCCUCAAAGUCAUCGCCAUGCUCACGCAAGGGAAGAUGCCUUUAGAGGAAGGGAGUGCCAUCUUGGAAGUGAUACGGGAGCGCUACAUCCUCUGCCUCAAGAGCUACGUGGACCACUUUUUCCCUCAUCAACCGUCAAGAUUCACUGAACUCCUCGUCCGCUUACCCGAGAUCCAGGCAGCGGCAGCGCUGCUUCUCGAGAGCAAAAUGUUCUACGUGCCCUUCCUCUUGAACUCCACCAUCCAGAGGUAGCGUAGAGAGCCCGGACGAGAAGGGAAGCGUGAAGCCACCACCACCUCUCCUGACUGUGUUCACACGCCCAGGAAAACAUUCGAGUUACGCUUGUUUGUAUAUAUCUAUAUAUAUGACCACAUUGCCUUCUAAUUACCUUAUAUCGUGGAUCAUCCCCCAAGAUCUCGCUCAUUUUCCUUGCCUCUAUCUGUCUCCUUCCCUCUGUCUCCAUCUCUGUUUUCAUCUCUGGCCGUCAGCAUCCACAAGGACAACUCCCUCUGGAUUUUCUUCUUCUUCCCAGUGUUUCCCAGCAUACGCUUAGGGGCAAGUUCUGUCGCGUAACCGUUUCCUGCAUCCACUUCCCGCCACCCUUAUAUAUCGUGAAGCUAGUCCACAUGAUGUAGAUAGCCAGAUGGAGAAACCACGAAGACAAGUUAUGCAACCCAGUCGGCUGCCGGAGGUGACUUAUUACCAGAAAAGUGUAAAGUAGCUUAUGUAGAAGGAGAACACAAGCACUAUUUCAUGUUUUUCCUCUCUCCGUGUGUCCUCAACUCGGUUUCCUUUUUUUUUUUUUCCUGCAAAAAGGUCUAGUUGAAACAAGAGCGUUACAUUAUGUGGAGUUACCAGUGUCAUACCAAAGGAAUUUUAUUCUCCUCCCGUCUCAUUUCCCCCUCACUUUCCAUACCAGUGUCAGAGUUUCCACAUUCCCUCUCUCUGUGCCUCUCUCUUCGACUGACACUCUGUCCAGUUACCUGUGUUCUGCUGAGCACAAACCUCUAGUUUGCUCAGUUCACUUCCAGUCUCCCAUCCUGAGCACAAAAAGAUCCUCAUCCUUUGUAAAGCCUCCUCGAUCAGCUGCUCAAAGUGAAGACAACAUUCCUUCUUUUUCUCUUUCCUUCACUUUCUCUUGCUCCACGUUUCCUGAACGUGUUAAAGAGAUGCCAAAAUUCCCUUCCAUCUUCCCCGUCUUCUCCAUGAACGAGUUCAAAAGGAUUUUCUUAUGAGGAUUGGUUACUUCUCUCUUUUCAUCUUCCUCUUUCCAUGGCUGCGUUCCCACAAGUUCUUUUUUUUUAUUACGGACCUUUUUUUAUAAUCAUCAAUGUCUUCAUAUCGUUGUGGGAAUUUUUUAGAUAUGGAUAUAUAUGUG